UGUUACUUGCUUACUCUAAUUUAUGUUUCAUCAUGGAUAAGAUAAUUUUCUGCCUACUGUGUUACGUCAGCUUCACGAUGGCAGUUAAAUGGCCGAGGGGGACAUAUACUUUAGUCAAACCAAAAUCUGGUUGUCCGAAACACUUUCAUGAAGGAUGGCGAGAGCAAGACACCGAAGACUUCAAUAAUAAAAACAGAUUAACUGCUGGACAUCAUUUCUUUGGUCACUUUGACGAUUCGACUUUGAAGUUCCACUAUUGUACCAAAGAUCCCAAUCACUUUCAUGGCGAAGGAAACUGGCCUUCCGGGAACUACUGUAUUUUAAAGCAUUAUACUUGUCCACCAGGUUUUCGUACUGGAAUGGUACGCUGGGACGAUGAGGAUUAUGUAAAUGGAAAUGGUUAUGGCGGAACACUACCUAAUGGAUAUUUUGGGGCUGACACCAGGAUAUAUUACUGCUGCAGAAAUGACGAGUAUUACUGGAAGGCAAUUGUACUACCAACAGACACACCGUUUUAUUUGAUGAGGUUUACUUCUCAGUGUCAAAAGGUCAGAGGAAUGAACGUCAGGGAAGAACACGUGCAUUUUGAUGACGAGGAUUAUAACAACCGAAACUCAGUAUACGGAAGUUAUCCCUUUGGAGCCGGAGGAGAAGACCAUGAUCUGUAUUACUGCUAUUAUGCCCCUCGUUAUUGAAAACAAUCUCUCUAUCUCUCGAUACUACUCGCACUCAAAUUUUGAGUAGAAGACAAUUGAAGACGUGUACAUAACUGUUCUCAUCUUUAUAUCCAUGUUACAUGUGUACUGUACCGGUCUUGUAAAGUAGGCUUUCCUUACAAAAAAGUGCUCUUAGAGUAGGAUUUUCCUAACGAAAUCCAAUAUCCGUUUCGACUUUUCAGAGGGAAAAUCCUACUCUUGAUAGUUAUAGUGUGCGAUUUUCUCUAGAGCCAAUCCCUAAAAUAAAAUAUCUAUAUUUAUUUAUAAGGCGAGGGGGGCAACAUAUUGAUACAUGAAUGAAUUUUGAUAUUAUAAAUCUUAAUUUCCUCACUAACCGUCACGCGCAUUAAAGAUCAAACUGGUUUCUAGAAAAUCAAGCUAAUU